AGGAUACUAGCUACAGAAAAUAAUGAUCCUAAUUUGAAUAUCCCUUUUAUAGAAUUAUCAUAGAAGCUUGAUUGGUAUCAAUGGGAUUAAGAGUAUCUAAAACCACCUGAAUAUGAUCCAUGGCCUUAUUCCAAUAUAUGUUAUCGUGAUUAUUGUAAUAAAGUUAUGCAAACCUUUGAUUUAAGUAAAUUAAAAGAGUUUGAUCAACCAAUUAUUCCAUCGGAAUUGCCUAACAAAUACAAAUAACGAGAACAAUCGAUUCACAGAUAUAUUAACCAUCCAUAAUUCUAAUUAGUACUUCUUAGAGGAGCUCUUGAAUAUAUUGAAAGCUAACCUGUUGGGAAAUACAUUAUAAGACCUAAUUUUAGACUUAAAGAUCAUUUAACAAUCACAUGGAAAUUCCAUGAAGGUGUUAUUGUUCAUCUCAAUGUUUAAGUAUUAAAAUUUGCCUAAAGACUUAAACCUCAACUUGUUUUGAAAGGCAAAGCUUACGAAUCUUUUGAUGAAAUCUAUGAAAACUAUAUUACUCCAUGCAAUCUACAUAUGGAUGCUGCAGUUAACAAUGAGAAAUUCUAUAAUUUUAAAAUGGAAUAAUUAGAAAAUAAGUUGAAAGUAGAUAUAGAAAAGGAUGAAAAAAUUAUACCAUAUGGUUUUUGUGUUACUGACAAGUUUCCACAAUAUAUUGUGUUAAUGUAUAUGAAAUAGAAGAAUAAAGUAGAAAAAGAGUUAAUAAAAGUUAAACCUGAAGGUCUAAGUCUCCACUUUGUAUUGCAAAAUAAUCUAAACGAUAUAACCAUAUGGUUAAAGAAAAACUUUAAUACUCAAGAAAAUAAGGAUUAUAUCAAAAGAACUAAACAACCUAUUCCUGAAACUGAUGAUAGAUUAAAUUAAUUAAAUUCAUAAUGGGAAGUAAAGAGAGAAGAAGAAAGAGUCAAACAUGAAGAAUCAUCUUGUAAAUAUAUAAUUUAUUAUAAUAUAGAUAAUGUUACAUGUUCCUUAUGUAAUAAAAGAGGUCAUAAUGCAAAUGAUUGUAGACAAAUGAGAGAUAGAGGAGGUAGAAGUGGAUGUUAUAAUUGUGAUUAAAAUGGUCAUUUUAAAAAGAAUUGUCCAAAAUUAAAUAACUAUAGAAGCGAAAGAAGUAACAGCAGGGAAAGAGAGAAGAUGUCUACUAAAAAGAACUAAUUCUAAACUAUAGGAGAAGAUAAUUAAUAAAUAAAUUAGUGA